AUGCCAGCAGCAAUCAAUUCAGACGACUACGUCGUGACACCAGCGGCUUAUCCUGCGCAUACCAAGAUAGCGAGUGUGACGAUAAAUGGGUUAGAAACGACGGCAACGGCCGUCAGCUUUGCCGACAAGAUACUCAUCACGGUUACGCAGCAAGGCCGACUAGCGCACUGGGUACACGUUCCGCUUGAUAUCACUGCGACGGAUGCGUCGGUCACGUCCAAUUCCUACCUCGAGCGCGACGAGGAGGAUCCAAAUUCGGACCUCUUGCCUAUGCACCAACUAACGGCUACAACUAUACUGGGCGGCACUAUACCAGAACUUGACACGCUUGGGCAAACGCUUGCAACCCAAGUCGCUAGCGCAAUCAAGCAACGCGACGAACGAGAGUCAAGGAUGGUCGUGUUGGGCAUGGGCUUAGAUAAGACUAUGGUUGGGAGAGGAGCGUUCAGUGAACUGGUUGGACUGGUCCUGGGAAUAAUAUGA